AGGGAUAAAGUUUCAUGAUUGAUACCAGGAACAGAAGACCACUUGUUAUCCCUUCCAUCAUGGGUUAUAUCGUAAAUAUGGCGCAGACCAUUACUUGAGACGCGAGACGCAACAUCGACGACGCGAUAUUGGAACCCGCUGUGUUCCACAAACGUGUCGUGGAUUGACGUCUACUUUUAGAAGGGGUCCAAAAUGCCGUCAGAUUACUGCCGACGUCGUCUAUCGACCACGUCGCAAUUCUGUUCAGUUUGAGAUAAAACGCAACACAACACGACAUGAUGAAAUCCGUAUACAAGUUGUUCUUGCUGUGCCUUAUCCUCACCGCGCUCAUAAUACUGCUUAACGUGACCACCAAUUUCUCUAUCAAGCUAUACGACCAACCAUCAGCGAGCAGGGAGCGCUUGGCGCUCUCGAAGAAGUCCCCAAGUACCCCAUCGACAAGUGAGGUGACGAUAUGCGUAGUCGUAUGCGGGGAUAGGCUGCACGAGGCCCUAACUAUGCUGAAAUCGGCACUAGUCUUCACCAGCAGGCCGCUACAAUUCAUAAUACUGACUGAGCAGAAUUUGAUACCAGCCUUCAGCGAGAAGCUGUCGGAGUGGCGACUCAUAUCCAAUAAGACCUUUGAUUUCCUGGUGCGGCCCAUCACCUUCCCGGAUGGUAGCGAUGUGGCUAUGUGGAAGAAGCUGUUUAAACCCUGUGCGGCACAACGACUGUUUCUACCAACUGUACUGAAUGACACGGAUGCGGUUCUCUACGUGGACACAGACACCCUGUUUCUGGCACCACCCGAGAAAGUAUGGGACAAUUUCAAGAAGAUGAACUCCAGUCAGCUGGCAGCCCUCAGUCCUGAGCACGAGGAUCCCAACACUGGUUGGUACAAUCGAUUCGCCAAGCAUCCGUAUUAUGGCAAGCUGGGGGUUAAUUCAGGAGUGAUGCUGAUGAAUCUGACGAGAAUGAGGAAGUUCCGAUGGACGGACUACGUAAUUCCCAUCCACAAGGAGUAUAAACUGAAGAUAACCUGGGGCGAUCAGGACAUUAUCAACAUAAUAUUCCAUUAUCAUCCAGAGAAGCUAUACGUAUACUCAUGCCGGUACAACUACAGGCCCGACCAUUGCAUGUACAUGUCAGUAUGUGCAGAGGCAGAAAGAGAAGGUGCUCUGGUGUUGCAUGGUUCCCGCGGAACGUUUCACUCGCAAAAGCAACCACCUUUCAAGGCCAUAUACCGGGCUAUGCAGGAGUAUCAACUAAACAUGGACCCGUACGACGAGCUGCUUGUGCCGAUGAGGAAUUACUUGAUGAUGGAAGAUAAAUCGAACUGUGGCCGCGUCUCAAAGGUGUUCAUCAUCCAACCAGAGCUGCAUCUAGCUGCCCGUAACUUCUAAAACUUUUACUCGUUUGUAAUUGAAAUUACGUACGUCGCGUUAGCUUUUUGUCCUUUAUAUCUUUUUAUAAAACUUUUAGAUGAUUGUUUCACGUUAAUUGAUAUGAAUGUUGUAUACAGAUAUAUUGAUUGAGCAAUAACGAAUAGAGUAUAAGCAUUUGUAUGUAUUCACGAAGUCUUUCGGAUGUAAAUGUAAUAUUUUCUGCGUUCUUCCGUCUCGGAAUUCUUAAGAGAGAUUUUAGAUCCUAAAAUACUUAAUUACAUAAAUACUUAUAUGUAUACAUACUUAUGUAUGUGUCUUAACACAUUAUGGACUGGUAAAGAAACUAAUGAUAAAGUAUAAAUCAUCGUGAUGUAUAUAAUCAUUCUACUACAUACAAUUAUCAUAUAAGCUUUUUUUACGAGAUUUACUUAUUACGCAAUAUGUAAAAAAUGGGGUAAUUAAAUUACCACCAAUUAACAUUCUUGUUUGAUUAUCUAUGCACAUGGAAAACUACGAACUCACGCGACCUGUCCACAAUGUAUUAAGUCAAAGAGUCUAGAAAUAUGUGAGCGCAAUUAGAGAGUAUAAACGUGUUAUAAUUCCAAACGAUUCCAUAUAUAGACUGAACUUUUUCUAUAGUGCAUUUGAGUUUUUUUGUUAACAAGUGCGCUAUGUUGUUACUGUUUGUACGAAGUACGAUGCGGGGAAUAUGUUGUUAUGCGAUAUUUUUAUCCGAUAUCUUUGGACAAUACUCGAGCGGUGCUGGGCGAUUGACGCUUAUCUUCGGAGUACUUGGCCCUUAGACAAGAUAUCUCUCGCAGUGUUACUGUAUUUGUUACAUUUAACGAGAGCUAUCAUCUCUUUUGAUAUUCGAGACUCCCAAGAUUACUAAUAAUGAUGGAAAGGGUGAAAUUUGAAAGAAGAAAUCAUUAAUAAUAUCGAUUUUACUUCCGGUAUUUAUAUGGGCCUUAUACGUGCAAUCUGUCGGAAAUAAGCUUGUGACGUGGGACUUCUUUGAAAGUGACUCACGUCCAAUUUCGGAAGUCUUUCUAAAAUCGGAAAAUGAUCUGUUCUUUUGUACAAAAAAUAAUAUUGGACUGUAAACGAUUUUCAAAAUAAGCGUCCUGCGUCCCGUUUUAACGGGACAGUAAUUGAUAAUUUAUAAUUAAUAAGUAUAUGAGUAUAUGAAUUAUAGUAUUAUGCGUAUAAUGAAUUAAAUUUUGAGAGUGUUCACAUUUUUACACGAUUUUUUCACGAUUUUUUAUAUGAUAUUGUACGAUACGCAUUUUGCAUCGUUCAACGACCCGGCAAUAACGAUGCCAUUUGUGAUACUUUUCCUAUAGGUAUUGUACAUUGAAGCUUAAAUAAAAGAUCUAAAUACACAUAU